AUGGCGCCCAAAAAGAAGCGCGCAGGCGACUCUGGCGCAGCUAGUCUCAAGAAUGGGGGAGCGAGUGCGAAGCCGCUCCCCGAGGAAAUCGAGAUUCAGGAGAAAAGGAAGCUCUUGGAUGAGCUAAAAUCUCUCAGAGCUGAAUGCGGAAGCGAGGAGAGACUGUACAACCAGAUCUCCUUGGAGAAAGAACAACUCAGUCAUCUGUGGGCACUGGACCAGAGCGUCGCAGAGGAGAGGCAUGACCUCUUGCGCAAGAAGAAAGAGGAAGUCAUUGACGAAACAGAAUCAUUCGGAAUGGAGCUGAAACUUUGCAAGCUGCGCAUCAAGCAGCUGCUAGCAGAGCAAAGCGAAGAAGCAACCGACCUCAAGAUCAGUGCUGAGGCUGCUCUAAAGCUUCGAGAGGACGUCCACAGAGAAAAGGAAGACGCAAAGUGGUACGAGAAGCAAGAUCAGCUGAAGAUGACUAGGGAAAUGCAGGCUGUGCACGCUGAGUUUCUUCAGCAACUAAAGCUGCGGCAGGACGAGAAAAUUCUAGAGCUCCGGCGGGAAUUCGAGAGGAGUGCGCGAGACCUGCACGUCAAGUGGAAGCUCAGGACUGACAACCUGAGAGACGAUAUGCAGAAGCGGCGGAAACUCCUGGUUGCGAAGAUCGAAGCAGACAAAAACAGUCACUUGUCCAUGGUGCAGUCGCAGAACAGCAAAACCUCGCACGCAAUUAAACGCUACUACGGCGACAUCACGUCUUCCAAUCUGGAGCUCAUUAAACGCCUCAAGAAGGAGCACGCAGACCUCAAACAGGCGGAGGCACGGGAAGGCAAGCGCAUGGCAGACUUGAUCGCAAAGAAUCGAGGCCUCGUGGAGCCACUGCGAAGGACGACUCAAGAAACAGAGAAGCUCCAGCAUGAGUUGCGGCUGUACGAAAUCGACAAGGUCAAGCUCGCCGAAGCGAAACAGAAAUUAACAGAGCAGACGUCAACUCUUGCCAGGCUCGAGCAACAAGCAGAGAUUCUGGAGCAACAAACGGAGGCACUGAGAAAGCGAAAAGCCGAGCUGCAGCAGCGGUAUCAAAGGGCAGCGUACGGCCAGCAACAAAAAGCGGGCUUGAAGACUCUGAUCCUCGAAAAGAAGCUCAAGGCUCUAGAGGAAGCCGAGGAAGUGGCACACGCCCAGGUACAGGAGCUACGAUACCGUAAAAAAAUCGAAUGCUCGGAUUUAGUUCCGCUAUCUGAAGGCGCAGACGGGUUGCUAAAGGCUAAGGACGCACUAGCGGACGAAUUGCGGGAAGAUAUCAAAGCUCUGAAGGACCUCCACAACGUGGCUGUGGAUCAGUACGCAAGCUGCAUGGCGGCCAGCGGAGUGCCUGUGGAAGACCUACAGUUUGUGCCAAUUAGAUACACAUGA